GAGCCAGGGAGCGUAGAAACCAUUUCUACUCAUAUCUUUUUUUUUCCCAGUAAAACACGUGAAGAGUCAGUUGAGGAGCGUCGAGUUCUAAUAACUUAUCACGUAAUCGUCCCUGCCACUCGAUGUAAGCGGCGUCGGCUUCCGACGGAGCCCUUCGGUCGCUCUUGGGGACAGACCCGUUCCGACUGCGUAAAGUGACGCGUGCAAAGUGCCGCUGCUGCGCUCGGCUUCCGCCUUGCGGCCGAUAUCGGAAGCUGGCCUUGAUUGGUGUUGCGUGUCGCGACCGCUCCGCCAGCGCAGCUGUAGCCGCCGUUUCCGGACGCGAUAUGGCCGGGGAGAAGAUUGUGCACGAUGAACACCAUCGCCGAGAGUGGCUGAGCGAGGAGAUACCAGUGGACGGCGUCGCUCAGGAGUCCCUCACCGAGCUGAGAAGGCUCCUGGAAGAUGAGCCCGAGCUCGGUGCCCCGACCGAUUCUGCGGACUUGCUUCGCUUCCUGCGACUGCGCAAGUAUGACGUCAGCGCGUCGUUGGAAGCGCUGAGGAAGUACUGCGCGAUUCGCGCCUCCUCACCGAAGAUAUUCGAAGGCCUCAAAGAUCCCGAGAAGUUAAGCAAGCUGACGAGGGAUUACAUCACGGUUCUGCCGCAACGGAACCUCCAUGGAAGGCCGGUCGUAUUGUACAAACUUGGCAAUUGGCAGCCGUCCAAGGUCAGCCACCUGCAGAUGACGCAGGCGUUGGUGAUGUGCCUCGAGUACGCGUCCAGGCAUCCAGCGGCUCAGACGGCGGGCGUUGCUCUAGUCAGCGACUUCGAAGGCUGGUCCUUCGGCAAGAUGAGAUUCUUCGACAUUGGUGUCACCAAGGAUUACUUGCAUUACCUGCAGAAUUGCGCUCCCAUCGUACCGAAUGAAGCUCACGUGAUCCGACAGCCAGCGGCCUUCAGUGUCAUGUUCGCACUUAUGCGGCCUUUCAUGAGAGACGAGACCAUCAAUGCGAUCAAGUUUCACGGGAAGCAUGUCGAUCAACUUUACGCUGACAUUUCCCCAAGCACUCUUUUCGCAGAGUACGGGGGCACAGCCCCGAACACAGAUUGGGACUUGUUCUGGACAAGCGUAUGCCAGGAGCACAACGAGGGCAAAGCCGGUCGGCAGCUGUAGAAGCCAACUUAGCUUUAUGAAGAUAUUCUCUAUGCUACGCCGUGAUGUUGCAGGAGUGCCGAAUGACACCUGUUUCAACCUGUGCGGACAUUUGUAGACUUGCUCACCUUCCACAGAGAGAAAUCAACAAAAGAAAAGGGAGGAAGUUCUACGAGACGCACGUCGCGCUUUUACACUCUGCUUUGUGGGGAAGAGUAAAUAGUGAAGGAAUCAGUUCAUCAUUUUCUAGUGUACCUUCUGAUCAGGGAAGGAUCCAGAGUAGUACCAAAGGGAGGCUGAGAGGGGGGGGGGGGGGGUGGAUGCGGGCUCAACUCACUGCAUGCCCGCUCAAGUUUGUUAGCGCGCGAAUUUUUCUGCCCAACAUUUACCAAAUCCUGUGUCAGAAGUGCCGACACGUCAUGUCUCAGGGUGGAAGAGGCCGCUAGGGUGGCUCUGGAUCCACCGGAACUUUCGAUGAAAGCGCCCUGCUGCUCAUAGCCUGCUGACGAAGACAAAACGAGCAAUGCUUUCGACAUGUUUUUGCAGUUAAUCAAGCAACAAAUGAAAAAUACAAUGAAAAAGGCGAUUGUUACGAAUAGAUCUGUGCCUUCUACCUCCUUAUAAAGGCGAUGGCCUCAGCUUACUGGUGAGUGUGUGAUAAGCAGCCUGGCGUUCAUCUAAAUAAUAAAUGACCAGCGCUUACAUUAGACGCUCUCGUAGUGUGAAUCGCUAUAAACCACGACUUCGCCUGUACCUUUUUUUAUUGCUGUGGUGUAACGAGGAAACCGGCUAACCCAAGACGGUAAGUCGGAACAGGAAUAAGUUCCAGCUUGCAACACGAGUGCCUGAAAACGGCUUAUUGGAUUAUCGUAUUGUAUAGGGUAAUAAAAGUUUCCGGUGAAGAAAAGUUAAUGCAACUCACGUGCGGUAUAGCCCACGAAGGAGGCAAAACGAAGACACAGAAGGGCCCAUUUAAUUUCCGGGAGCAUUCAGCGUCUGUAUGUCACUAUGUCUACGUCUCUCAUGAAUGUCUUUAUCUCUGUCUGUCCGUAUUUCUGUGCGUUCUUAACCAACAGCUUCACAAGAUGGUGUGGCGAAAGUUCAGCUGUGAUUCACUCCACAUUUCUCUGAUAAUUUAAGUUAUUUAUCCAGCAUCUGAAACACUAGCGAUUUAGAAGAAGCUACGACAACAAAUUGCGUCAGCGCGUAGAGUGAGUCUGUAAAAACUUUAUUGAAAAUAAAUAAAAGAAGGCACGAUGGUUGGGGCCCCUAUUCCAGGGCUCCACUGGCACGAGCGGCUCGCUGGGCUUCGUCCAGAAGAGCCAAUUGACUCUCCCGGCCCUCAUCCACAACCCAUGCCUCCCACUGCCUAUUCCUC